UGAGAUCAUGUGGUGUGAUCAAGUCACAGAAAUGUCACAUAGGUCAAAAAAACACACACUCCUGAGACACAUGGGCUUGUACAGAUGCUGGACUAAAUUGCUUGCACAGGCAACUGUGUCACCACAUAGAGGAAUACAGUCACUGACAACCUAUGUGUGGUGUGUGAUGCUCAAACGGGUAGACUGAAACUGAUACUGAAGGGGAAGAGCAUCACUGCAGAGAAAGACAGAGAGAGGGGAGUGUGUGUGUGUCAGAGGGGCUAGAUAGAGGGAGAGAGAGACAGAAGGAGGGAGAAAGAGAGAGGGAGAAAGAGUGCGUGAGUGAAAGAGAGAAUGAGGAAUAAAAAGAGAGAGAGCUGAACAGCAAGCACCUGAACAACGGUGCCCUGGACAGUUGCAAUGGCCAGUGCUUGACCGAACCUGCGCAUGAAGGGCAACCGCAGCUGACCCAGCGCAGGCCAGAAGGGGGUGAGGUGUGGCUUAAGGCAGGAACGAGUUGUCACUUAACAUUUAGAUCAACAUCACACGUCAAGGUAUCACUAUUCAUGAUUGCGAAGAGAUAUGAUACCUUCUCCACUGAUACCGCACAGUUUCACACAGUGAACCUCCAGAAAGUGCAGCGAUGGGAGGAAGCCAGACGUCUUCCCUGGUUCUUUCUCGUCCUCGUCCUCGUCUUCUCCCCCUGCCUCUCCUCCUCCUCUCCCUCCUGCUGCUUCUUUUGGUGAAGAUGAGUCACCAGGAAGAUCUGUCUUGUGUGAAUGACUACAUGGGAAACGUCAGCUGUGUGUGGAACUGUUCAAACCAAUCGAGCAAAGCCAAAGAUCAAUGCAUCCUCAAGGCCAACAUAGACCAAUCUUCUGGCAAAGAAAGUGUCACAUGUAAACUGAUGUCACUGGGUCAAGAUCAUUGCUACAAAGGCUGCCAUGUUCAGUUCAAGAACAAGGUUUUCAGUUUUACAAACAAAGCGGGUCUUGAAGUUAAGUGUAACGGCAGCAUUGUGAAAUCUGUCCGCCUACAUUUUGCAAAGCACAUCAGGCUGCUGCCUCCUGACAUCCCAAGUGUAGCCCAGGGCAAUUUAUCAUGGAGCCCUGGAGCCAGUUUGCCCCGGCACAUGACCCAGUUCACCUUUGAGCUACAGUUCAAGGGGGCAGAUGAGCCAUGGGAGAGCGCUCCUCCCAGGCCGGAGUUUCGGCGCCAGGUAGAGCUGAAAGAUCUGUCUCUGCAGCAGGGGGGGAGGUACCAAGCCCGUGUGAGGGUGAAGCCCGUCACCACAGGGGGAAAAAGCUCCUAUGCGGUCACGUGGAGCGACUGGAGCCCUGUGCUUACCUGGACGUCUGACGUGGGAGAUCCACCUCCAACCCCAUCUCCCCCAGGUGUCUCAGGUUUGCCUCUUACAGACAUGGAAAUUGGCUUACUGAGUGGAGGACUCUGUCUGGCUGCAGUGGUGAUAAUGUGGCUUAUCAGAAAAGCCCACACAUUAAGCUGUUGCAGUUACUUCAGGACGAAGAGCCAGCACAUCCCUGACCCCUCCAGAUACUUCCAGCCACUCCACUCUGUUCACGGAGGGGACUUUCAGAAGUGGCUGAGCCCAACGUGUGGCCCCGAGCCGUUUGGCCCCCCCCAGCCCUCUGACUGUAUCUCCCCCGUGGAGGUGGCCCCCCCGAUGCUGGACACGGAGCCGUGGCAGACGCCUAACGCCCAGGUGCACCUGCAGGCCAAGAGCAGUGGGGCCUGGAGAGGCAGUGGUCAGUCCUCUGGCUACUCCAACAUGGGCUACUUCUACUCCGAAUGCCAGCCUGGCUUAGUGCACAUAGAGUCCUGCCCCAUCUACUUCAUGUAUCCGCCCGAGGGGGAAGCGACAGCAGCGCUGGGCCUUGACACCUCUGGGACCUCCGGAACCUCAUACGAGCGACUGGAGCAGAUUGAGCAGUUCCAUUCCUCAGGUAAUCCAGACCUUUACGACCAGCCCUUGACCCCAGAUUCUGGCUUUGGGACAGAGGUGAACGACGAGGGAGAGGGGAUGAACGAAGACGAGGAGUGGAAGCAGGACAAAGAGGAGCACCCCUGCAUUGUGCAUUUCCAACGCCUGGGAAUGUCCAUUAGCAUCCAGACCCCUUUGAGCUCCCCCAAGUCUGAAGAUACCACCCCUGCACUGACAUGCAAUUUUGACUCCUCACCACCAGAGGGCAGCCUGGCCAGAUCAGCCUCCAUGAUCAUCCAGCCCUGUGGUAGUGGGUAUAUGACAAUAAAAGAAAUGCAAAAUACCUACAGCAACAAGUCAAUUUAGGGCAAGAAAAACAGUAUUACAGAUGCUAGAUCAUUAGCUUUAGCUAGUUAGCGCCAAGGGAGCUAUCCCUGGAGUAAUUGAUGGGCAUUAACAUAAUAAUGUUUGCACUUACAGCAUUAUGGCUUUGGGAAUGUCUUAGGUAUGACUCCUGAAGAUCGACCCUUUUGACUUCUACACAUUAUUAUUGUCUCUUUACAACAUGGUACGGUUUGUCAAAAUAGGACAGAAGCUGGUUUUCACACACGCAUUGUAAACAUAUAGAAAAGGUUGAAGGCUGUCGUCAAGAACAUUUGUGCACAUAUAUUUAGGAGAAUUAUACCGUUUGAACAUACUCUACUUAAAGCUUAUAUUUUUAUAUUUUCAGUAAAAAAAUGUUUGGUUUGUCUCACUUGAUGUUGAAUAUGUACAAGGCUAAUAGACAUGCCUGUCUUGUUGCCACUCUGACUUUUAGUCUUUGACCUUUAACCUGCUGGUUCCAUGGAGACAACAGAAAAUUCUCCCUCAUGGACAAUGUUGAGGGUUAGGGACAGAGAAGUUUGCGAUUCCUUAACGUAAGAUGACCUAAGUAGGUCCUAUGAUGUUCACCUGUUGCACCAGGGAUGAAUUCUAAGAUUUAGCUUUCCAUCUUGUUUUUCAACGCCAUUGAUUUGUAAGUGUUUUGAUACUAGCUCAUGAAUAUAUUUCUAAUAUUUCAGUGUACAAGCACACAAGCAACGCAAUAAAAGGUGCAAUGGAUAGUGCAUUAUUAUGUUUGAACAUUAAAUGUAUAAUAUCCCAUUUCCAUGCAUAUUUACAGGGGGGUGAUAAUGCUCUCCUGAGAGGCUAAAUUCUGUUGAAUGGAGGACAAGAUCAUUUUUUUAUUUGUUUAAUAAAGACUGCCAACUGUAAGAACAAAAUCACUUUAAAAGCAGAAGUGGACAUCAAGCAACAACAACUGCUCCAUAGAAAAUACAUAGACUUUAAAAGGCAUUAUUUAACCCAAAUUGCAAAAAAGAAAUCAGUGUUUAAAAAGUCUUUGUUAGUUCUGCACAUUUGGUUGUUCAACAUGAAGUAACAAUACAGCAGUCAUAAUUCAUAAUCAUGAAUCAUAAAAGUUGCUGUUUAUAUUUUUGCUGUUUUUAUUAUUUUCAUUGUGCAUAUUUGAAUAUGAUUCAUAUGAUUGUAAUGUCAUGUUAUUAUGCCAUAGAGCUGAUUUGUACUUUUAAACACAUACAGUAUUAUGAAGGCUAUGCACUGCUGCGACUACAGUUAACGUUGACCAGCUGCCUCUUGGUAAGCACUGCUCACUGACGCUUAAAGCUUCGUAUCCAUUGUCAAAAGAGUGAUGUAAUCAUGUCAUAACAGACGCCCUAUAGAAGAUGCCACAUCCUGUCAUAAGAUGCAUGAGAUACAUAUAGAGUAUAGAAUGAUGUAACUGUUAUGCUACUGACAGUCAUUUCCAUGAGAGCUCUUAAAAUGACUGCUAGAUAAUAUUUUCAAAAUUAUUCGUGGUAACUCAGUCGUAAUAUCCAUGACAAUUAUAGUCAAUUAUAUUGUUAUCAUUUGUCAGGCUGUAAGCCAUGGCUUUAUUACUAUAUAAUGCAUUUUCAUUGUGUUUAUCAUGAGAUGUAACCCUUUUGACAUUCAAGUAUUUCAUAUCCAAUAAAGAUUUACAAUGCAUUUGGCAGUUUCAA